AUGGAAAAUCAGCAAUCGACUUCAGAAAGAUACCUAGCUUCUAAGCCUGUUGGGCUUAAACGAGAAUCACCUGGAAUGUCCUUGAACGAAAGGCCGAAGCUUCGUCGCAUGAUCGGUGUGAACAGACAACCAAGCUUCAUGUCACAGAAUAUGGCGAUAGCCAUAAAGACUAAGAUUGGAAAUCCUUGGGAGCGGUAUGAAAAAUUCCUUGAAGUAGAGGACUUUGUCCCUGGUACACUGGUGCAUUCCAAAGAUGGCAACUUUACUGAAAGAAUCGUCGAUGUUGUCAAAGUGCAUAAUGAAGCAUGGCUGUCAAGGCUCACAUCAGCAUGUCAUGAAAAUAUUGUCAGCCUACAUGAAGCCAUUUACCAGAAUAGUACCAUUUUCCUUUUCUCUGAGGUAAUGGACGUGUCCCUCGCGCAGAUAUUCGGAUCGCCACGCGGGCGCCUCCAACAUUAUGAGGUUGCGGCGUUCUGCAAAGAGAUUCUUAAGGGGCUGCACUACAUCCACAGUGAGCACAAGUUCGCACAUGGAACCCUGAAAGCAGAGAAUAUUUUACUGUCAGCAGGAACUGCAGCUGUCAAGAUUGGUAAGAGAACAGUGGGCAUAUUCUGUACUUUCACUUACCCAGAAGUAGCAGGUAUUGGAGGGAGCAUGCUGGGGAGGCUUGGUAUUGGGGCAGCCCAAAGGGAUUUAUGUGCGCUCGGUCUUAUGAUCACUGAAUGUUUGGAACCAAGGACAGCUCUAAACCAGGGUGAGGUCCUGGUGUCUGAGGAAUGGGAUUCUGUUCUCCGAGAUUUCCAAAUGCAGACCCAGACAAAGUCCGCUGCAGCGCUGCUUCAACACGAUUUCAUCCAACGCUCUCCCGGUCCUAAGUGCCUCGUGCCGUAUAUUCGCUUGGCUCGCGAGACGACAUUGAAGAAAGUCAAAGUUCUAACCUAA